CACUGAGACUGCUGCAGAGAUGCCUGGAUGAUGUACUCCAUCAUAUAUCACAAAUAAACCAGACUAUCUGCCACUAACCGACGCUUUGACGACUGUUUUUUCUUUUGAACUAUAAUAUCCACGGAAACGCACAAGUGACCUUGGAAAACUCAGGACCCUUUGGAAGUUUUAAAACAUUAAUACGCGUUACAAAACGCCACCGAAAACGCGACAUGAAUGUUUCACACGUGCUACUGAACCGGACGAUCUCUACAACGAAGCAGCCUUUGGAAAGCGUCCGAGGAUGCUGCAACUUCUCGGUGAUCACCAGCGACGGGUUCGGUUCACCGGUUCAGGACGAGCGCGAUCAGUUCUUCAUGCGUUUGGUGCAGAUAGCGGUUCUCUGUGUGCUGUCACUGACUGUCAUUUUCGGCAUCUUUUUUCUGGGGUGCAAUCUGCUCAUCAAGUCCGAGAGUAUGAUAAAUCUGCUGGUGGAGGACAGAAGACCUUCCAAAGAUGCGGAAAUGAUGAUGAUUGCUGCAUGAGUAGACUGUGCCAUAAACCUGACUCAAACUGUUCAUUUCGCAUGAACGACACCUGUUGGUAUGAUUUUCAUGCCAAUGCUUAACUAAAUGUAUUUUUAUAUAAUUUUUAUUUAAUCUUGGACCAGAACAAUGGAGACCGGAGUCUCGAACAAAGCAUUCAACUUUUUUAAAACCCAGAAAUGUGUUGUGUUAAACAUUUGACUGCAUCUUCCAUCAAAACGCAUCUUCAUAUUGGCACCUGAAACAAGAAGAAAAAAAGAAGAGAGAUA